AUGACAGAGUAUUCGCCGCUUGUCCCGUCCAUCUUCGGCCACCACCACCUCAUGAUGAGCCUAUUAUCAUUCAUUCGGAGGAAUCGAAGUAAGCUUCAUCGAUUCAAGUCUAGUUUUCUGGAAUUGCCCUCCCACAAUGAGAACAACGCCUAUGUUCAAGCUGGCCAUGACAAGAUUAAGACUCAUGACUCAGGGAAUGAGAACGACGCCAAUGUUCAGGUUGGCCAUGACAAAAUCAAGACUCAUGACGCAGGGAAUGAGAACGACGCCUAUGUUCAGGUUGGCAAUGACAAGAUCAAGACUCAUGACUCAGGGUAA